AUGUCGGGACGAGAACAACAAGAAGAAGGACAAGAGAAUGACUCUUUUAUCGAAGCAAAUGUUCAAGUUGUAGAAGUUGUAAGUUCCGAUAAGUAUAUGAAUAUAUAUAUAUAUAAUUUAUUUUUAGAAACCUACAAGAUUCAGAAAUUUCUUGAAGUUUCUUGUGAGCUUUGUGACAAGCGAAAAACAAAGAGAGCAAGUUAAUGCAGACAUUGAAACAAAACUAUGGCGAAUGCCACCAUUGUUUUUCAUUUUCUUCACCUUGUUCCAGGUUAAUUUGUUUCUUAGGCUCAAAGAUAUCAUUUAAAUUCUUUUAGAUUUCGGUUUUCAUGUAUUACUACAUCAGAUACCACUACAAACUUACUGAUGAUCCAAUUGAAUUAUUUGUGUUUGUUGGUGGCUGCUAUACAAGUAUCUUCAGUAUUUCACCAAUGUAUCCGUAUGAAGUAUGGCGUUUGGUCACUCAUUCAUUCCUUCAUCUUUGGGAAUAUCAUUUGUUCAAAAACAUGAUUGUUCAAGUUUUUCUUGGUAUUCCACAAGAAAUCGCUUUCCGUUUCCCAAAAAUCGCUCCGCUUUACUUCGGAGGAAUCAUGUUCUCUGAAAUUGUUAUGCGAACAUUUCAAGAAAGAUCAAUUUUCUUAUGUGGCGCAUCCGGUGGAGAUUAUGCACUUAUUUUUGCUCAAGUGGCCAACUUGAUUGUGGUUUGUUAGCUAAUUGAGUAAAAUCUUUUCAAAAAUAGUUUUAGAACUGGAAAGAAGUUCCAUACCGCAAAGUUCAAGCACUUGUGAUUUUUGUCAAUGUGGCUGCUGAUUGCGGAGAAGAUUUUAAAAAUGUCCUAAUGGGAAAACAAAUCAACUAUGAUCACGGAACUCAUUCUCACGCUGCUAUUUAUGGUCUUCUCUAUGGAUUCUGCUUCUUGUAUUUCAAAGGAGUAAGAAAUUUCAUUACAAAGUUUGAAAACAAUACAUUCAAUGCUAAAUUUCAGGAAACUGCAAAAUGGCGUGCUGCUCGUCUCACUUUUAUCGCUUUGUACAUUUUGGUUUUGAUCGGAUGCAUCAUUCAAAAUAUAAAUAUAUAUAUUCACGAUGAAACCGUUUAUGCGCUUGAUGAAUCACUCUUCGCUGGAUCAACCAAUGCCACAUUUUUCUAA